AUGGAGUGGAGGGCAUGGUACUUAGAUGCGGUUCUUGUUCCUUGUGCUCUACUUAUGAUGUUUUGUUAUCACAUCUACUUGUGGUAUAAGGUUCGAACCGAUCCUUUCUGCACCAUCGUCGGGACUAACUCCCGUGCCCGUCGAGUUUGGGUAGCUGCCAUCAUGAAGGACAACGAGAAGAAGAACAUCUUAGCGGUACAAACACUACGGAACACGAUAAUGGGAGGGACGCUAAUGGCCACCACUUGCAUCCUUCUCUGCGCUGGCCUUGCCGCCGUUUUAAGCAGUACUUAUAGCAUCAAGAAGCCUCUAAACGACGCCGUAUAUGGAGCUCAUGGUGACUUCACCGUUGCACUAAAAUACGUAACCAUCCUCACAAUCUUCCUCUUUGCCUUCUUCUCUCACUCUCUCUCCAUUCGCUUCAUCAACCAAGUCAACAUCCUCAUUAACGCUCCUCAAGAACCUUCUGAUGAUGAUUUCGAGGGACUAGGAAGCUUCGUGACUCCAGAAUAUGUCUCUGAGCUACUUGAGAAAGCUUUCUUGCUCAACACGGUAGGUAAUAGGUUGUUCUACAUGGGCUUGCCUUUGAUGCUAUGGAUCUUUGGGCCUGUGCUUGUGUUCUUGAGCUCUGCGUUGAUGGUUCCUGUUCUUUAUAACCUCGACUUUGUGUUUUUGUUGAGCAAUAAAGAGAAGGGUAAAGUGGAUUGCCAUGGAGGUUCUAAUGAUCAAUUCUCUCCUUGA